UGGGCUUCUCACCCCGGCACUGACAGAAGCCUUCCUAUGGCAAAGCACAUGAGCCGGGAAAUGAAAAGGCAGCAGUGCCGGAAACCGGGACACGGCCCCUGCCAUUACCUGGGAGGGUUUGCAUUUGCCAUGGGCUUGUCAGGAAAUUCCUGCUGCCACAGAGGUGCCUGUGGGCCUGAGGCACUGCAGGACGACUAUAAAAGGCAGCCCAGGUCUGUGCUCCUCAUCCACUUCUCUGGCCUCCUUCUCCUGGCAAUCAGGUGAGUGCGAAGCCUCUUGUGCUGCUGCUUCCAGAGCAGGUCGUUCCUCCCCGGGGCUCUCAGCUGAUGGGGGCUGUGCUAGCGCAGGGCUGGGAGCUGCUUCUCGGGGCAGAGGGAAGGGGAGAGAAGGGCUUGUGCAGAGAGAGGCUGGGACUGAGCUGAGGCGGCUGCUGGGCUUGGAGGUGGUCAGCGUGUGCUGGGCCAGGAAGUGCCUUGGCUUGCCCAGGCUUGGGUGCAGAGCUGCUGCUGCCGUGUCCCAUCCUCUGCUUGCCCCUGCCCUGUGUCCAGGUGAAGCUCCAGCAUCCAGACAUGUCCUGCUGCAACCCGUGCGUGCCCUGCCAGCCCUGCGGCCCGACCCCGCUGGCCAACAGCUGCAAUGAGUGCUGUGUCAGGCAGUGCCAGAGCUCCACCGUCGUCAUUGAGCCUUCCCCCGUGGUGGUGACCCUGCCCGGCCCCAUCCUCAGCUCCUUCCCUCAGAACACCGUUGUGGGCUCCUCCACCUCUGCUGCCGUUGGCAGCAUCCUCAGCUGUGAGGGAGUGCCCAUCAACUCCGGGGGCUUCGACCUCUCCUGCAUCACCAAUCGCUACUGCGGCACCAGGUGCAGACCCUGCUAAAGCUGCUGGCUGCGUCCUCAGGCAGGAACAUCCACGACCUCACACCAUGGAUCUGCAGAGGAGAUAGAGCUUCGCGGCGCUGUUUCCUUCUCCCACUCUCCUCUCCAUUCCUUUCCUGUCUCCACCUCCCGCACCAGCCCCGUGGGGACCUCUUGGCCUCCCUCCCUCCCUCCCAGUGAGGGACAGGCAGACGGACACCCUGCAGGAGCUGCACUGCCUCUUGGUGGCUGCCCCUGGUGCUCCCUGGGAGCCACCUCCUUUUCUUCUUUACCCUCAUUAAAGUUGUGCUGCAUCCAA